UUAGUGGAACUGAAAAAUGGCGAAACCUAUAACGGUCACUUGGUUGCUUGUGACAACUGGAUGAACAUUCAUCUUCGUGACGUUAUAUGUACCUCAAGGGAUGGAGACAGAUUUUGGCGAAUGCCAGAGGUAUAUGUCCGUGGGUCAACAAUCAAAUACUUGCGGAUACCGGAAGAACUAUUAGAUAUGGUGAAAGAAGAAGUGAAGGAAACUAGAAGAGUACAAAAGGAAGUGUCCCGCAUGAGAAGAAGUAAAUUUGUCUUAUAUGCUAUCUUUCAGCGCCUUCAGUGCAUAGAUUUUUCAAAAAUGGUUUCGCAUUCAUUGAGUCUGUUUCGAUCACCUGUAAUCCUUAUCGGCCACGGAGAUAAACAUGUUAGACAAGGUCUUUAA